GUUGUUAUGUUACACAUGAUGUGUUACAUGUAUGUAGCUGAUCACGCGUGGUACCUCGUGUGUUGGUAUGUUACACAUGAUGUGUUACAUGUAUGUAGCUGAUCACACGUGGUACCUCAUGUGUUGGUAUGUUACACGUGAUGUGUAACAUGUUAAAACCUCUGGAACACGCUUCGGCCUCAUGUGCUCAUCUGCUUCCUUAUGUAAUCAGAAACUCGCCCUGCUCAAAGCUGAUUGGCUCUCUCAUGAGGCUGUAAUUUCAUUCAACCAAUCAAAAUCCAAAUCCCGGCCCCGUCGGCUUGAAACCAACCAAUGGGGCCGUAGUGACGUCAUGGGCGGUAUAAGCGGUUUCCUGUGACGUCGCGGGUCUUCAGUUACAGUCGCCAUCUUGUCUUCGUCGAAAACGCUCCGAGAUCAGCGACGGGCCGCGGCCGAGAAACAAACCUUCAGCCCGGCGUUGAUAGCGAGCUGCCCGGGGCGGAGGGUUGUGUGUUCGGGUUCAUGAACUGUGUCGACCCGGAGUUAUGGUGCUGACGCUGUAGCGUGUCCCGGGUCCCCGAGCUCAAAGAUGGAGGACAGCGCGGCCAGAGAAGACGCCUGCCGGGAGUACCAGUCCUCCCUGGAGGACCUGACGUUCAACAGCAAGCCGCACAUCAACAUGCUGACCAUCCUGGCCGAGGAGAACCUGACCUUCGCCAAGGAUAUCGUCGCAAUAAUUGAAGCUCAAAUCAGCAAGGCCCCCGCUGCUGAGAAGCUUCCAGUUUUGUACUUAGUGGAUUCCAUAGUGAAGAAUGUUGGAGGAGAGUACCUUGCUGUGUUUGCUAAAAACCUAAUCACUUCAUUUAUAUGUGUCUUUGAAAAGGUGGAUGAAAACACCAGAAAGAGCCUGUUUAAGCUGCGCUCUACAUGGGACGAGGUGUUCCCCCUGAAGAAGCUGUACGCACUGGACGUGCGCGUCAACUCAGUGGACCCGGCGUGGCCUAUCAAGCCUUUGCCGCCCACCGUUAACGCCAGCAUUCAUGUCAACCCCAAGUUUUUAAAGCAGAUAUGUAAAAACAGUGACACAGAAAGCAGGAAGUUCAGGGACGUUUGUCAUUGGACAAAGUAAAAAAAAUCUUUUACG